AUGAUUUCAAUUAUUGAUAUUGGUACAUUGAUUGGACUUGCAUUUAUUGCUGUUCACCUUUACAAGUUUCUAAACUUUGUCUAUGCUUCAACCAUUAGACCAUCUACCAACUUGAAAAAGUAUGGUGACUGGGCUGUUGUUACUGGAGCUACAGAUGGUAUUGGUAAAGCUUAUGCCUAUGAAUUUGCCAAAAGAGGAAUGAACAUUGUAUUAAUCUCUAGAAGCCAAGAUAAAUUAAAUGAUGAAGCUCAAAAGAUCCAAUCAAAGUAUCCAAAGAUUCAAACCAAGACUGUUGCUUUUGAUUUCAACACAUCAGAUGACAGCAAGUAUGAAUCACUCUACAAACAACAUCUCUCUCAAGUAGAUAUUGGUGUACUAGUCAAUAAUGUCGGUAUCUCUUACGAUCAUCCAAUGUAUCUCGAAGAGUUAUCAGUCGAUCGUAUUAAUGCACUCGUCAACAUGAAUGUAAAGUCUAUGAUUGCUCUCACUCGUCUCGUCGUUCCAUCAAUGAUCACCAAGAAGCGUGGUGCCAUCAUUAAUCUUUCAUCCAUCUCUGGAAUGUCACCAAUCCCAUUCCUCUCUGUUUACAGUGGUACCAAAGCUUUUGUACAUCGUUUCUCCAACUCUUUGAGUGUUGAACUUGCUGACAAGGGUAUCUUUGUACAAUGUGUUGCACCAGGUAUCGUUGUUUCCAACAUGUCAAAGGUUCGCAAGCCAUCACUAUUUGUUCCACUCCCAGAAGCUUAUGCUCGUUCUGCCAUCUCUACCAUUGGCUACGAAAGAACUACAUCUGGUUAUUGGGCUCACAAGAUUCAAACCUAUCUUAUCACUUCACUUCCCUCUAUUGUCUCUGACAAAGUAAUGUACGAUAUGCAUGCUUCACAAAGAAAGAGAGCUCUUUCAAAAAAGAAAUCACAAUAA